AUGUCCGAGGAAUACAAAUCCCCCCUCAACGCUCACGGCAUUAGAUGCUUCAAUUCAGCCGGCAUGGGCACAAAGCUUUCAUCCCUCUUGCACAUUUCCUCCGCAGUCGUUCUUCCGCCAAAUACCCGCCAGGUCGUGACAUCUGGUCAGACCGGCAUGCGCGAAGACCUCAGCUACCCGUCUUCGCUAGUCGAGCAGUUUGACCUAGCCUUCGCAAAUGUGGAGGCAUCUCUCGCUGCCGCCGGUGUGCAGGAUGGGUUUUAUGCUGUUUACCAGAUGACAUCGUAUCAUGUUGGGGGUUUGAGUGGUGGUGAGGUGGACGAGGCUAUGGAGUUCGUGGUACAGAAGUACUUCGGCAAAAAUCGGCCUGCUUGGACUGGGGUUGGGGUGACCGAGCUAUAUGGAGAAGCGAAGGUUGAAAUUACAGCCUAUGCUACGCUGGUGGAUUGA